GCGAAACUAGAAAAAAAUAAAAUAAAAAUAAAAAUCUCUCAUAAACCCUAACAUUUUCCACCAUCGCUCUGCUCAUCUCCUUUCGUUCGAAAGAUCCUAACUUUGGAUUCAGAUCGAGCAAGUAAGCGAAACCCAAUUGAAAGAAGGAUGAGGUAUCAAUGGCGAUUGAUUCUCUUACGGAGUUACCGUUCUUCAUUUUGCUCCCGUUUCCAGGUAAUCUCCAAUUCGACCCGAUCUCUCACUUCUCUCCUCCACAAACCUCCUGGGUUCGCACCUCCGCAACAAAGCCAGUGUCUUUAUUCCAUUAACCGAAGCUUCUCAUAUAAACCCGUGAUCGAAGAGAAACCUUCUCCUGAAGCUAUUGUGAUUGAUGUUUUCACCAGAUUAAGCACUAAAAAUGAAAUUAACAAAGAGCUUGAUUCAAAUUGUAUUGUGAUUAGUCACGACUUAGCUUUAAAUGCUCUGAGGUCACUCGAAACAACCCCUGAUGUCGCACAAAGGCUUUUCCAUUGGGUCUCAGAAGCUUCCCCUAAGAAACUCUCCUCCAAAAGCUACAACACGAUGCUGCGUAUCCUCGGCGUUAACGGACUCGUCGACGAGUUCUGGAGCUUGGUUGAUGACAUGAAGAAGAGAGGACACGGCGUGUCAGCUAACGUUAGAGACAAAGUGGGCGUUAAGUUUCAGGAAGAUGGUUUGGAAAGUGAUUUGAAUAGGCUCAAGGAGCUUUUCGCUUCGGGCUCUAUUGAUAACUCUGUGGAUAAGGUUUGCAAUAGGGUGUGUAAGAUUGUGAUGAAGGAUCAGUGGAACGCUGAGCUGGAGAAACAGCUGAGGGAUCUGAAACUUGAGUUUAAGAGUGAUCUUGUGAAGAUGGUUGUGGAGAAGCUUGACGUGGAGCCGAGGAAAGCUUUAUUGUUCUUUCGGUGGAUUGAUGAGUGUGGUGGUUUUAAGCAUGACGAGAAGACGUAUAACGCUGUGGCGAGGGUUUUGGGGAAAGAGAAGUUUCUCGAUAGGUUUCGGAACGUUAUUGAAGAGAUUAGGAGCGGUGGUUUCGAGAUGGAGAUGGAGACUUAUGUCAGAGUUUCAGCGAGGUUCUGUCAGAGUAAAAUGGUUAGAGAAGCUGUGGAGUUGUUCGAGUUUGCGAUGGCGGGGAGGAACACACCCACGGCGCACUGCUGUUGUUUACUUCUCAAGAAGAUUGUCACUACAAAGAAACUGGAUAUGGAUUUGUUUUCGAGAACUGUGAAAGCUUAUACAUGUAACGGAAACGUUAUGACGGAUCAGAUGCUGCAGAGUGUCAUCAAGUCUUUGAGAAGCGUUGAUAGGUUUGAGCAGAGCAAUGAGGUGUUGAAGGCCAUGAAAGAAGGCGGUUAUGUUCCUAGCGGUGAUCUGCAGAGCGUGAUUGCGUCGGGACUUAGUCGCAAGGGAAAGAAAGAUGAAGCCAAUGAGCUUGUGGACUUCAUGGAAGCCUCUGGGGAUCAUCUGGAUGACAAAGCAAUGGCGUCUUUAGUCGAAGGGCAUUGCGAUGCAAAAGAUCUCGAGGAAGCUUCGGAGUGUUUCAAGAAGAUGGUUGGCAAAGAAGGAGUCUCUUACGCUGGUUACGCGUUCGAGAAGCUGGUGCUUGCUUAUUGCAAUAGUUUUCAGGCAAGAGAUGCAUACAAGCUCUUCACGGAGCUAGUGAAACAGAACCAGUUGAAGCCUUGGCACAGUACUUACAAAAUCAUGGUGAGGAAUCUACUGAUGAAGAAAGUGGCGAGAGAUGGUGGGUUUGAAGAAGCUUUGAGUCUUCUACCUAUGAUGAGAAAUCACGGUUUCCCUCCUUUCGUGGACCCGUUCUUAGAUUACUUAUCUAAUAGUGGAACAGGAGCAGAAGCUUUUGCCUUUCUGAAGGCUUUGACUUCUAAGAAGUUUCCAUCUAACUUAAUGGUUAUGCGUCUGUUUGAAGCUAUGUUGAAGUCUGCAAGGCAUAGUGAAGCUCAGGAUCUGCUGUCUCUAUGCCCCAGUUAUAUCCGUCGAAAUGCGGAUGUUCUGCAACUUUUCAGUUCCAUGAAACCUGAUCAAUGUUCUUUAGAGAAACCUUUGCCUGCACCCACGCAAAUCGAAGCCUAGUCCAUUAAUGAUAUGAUAGAGAGAAUUAUCCAUCCUUUUUGAUUAAAAAGAUAAACUUCAACAGCAUAACAUAAAAUGGAUAGAUCUUCAAAAGAAGAAGAUGACGGCGAACUCAAGACGAUGUUUGAAUGCGUCAAUGUAGCUUUCACGAUAUGGUCGGACAGCAGAGAACUAAUCACCUUAUAUUGUGACGUUAACACCCAAUCCGCACCUCGGAAUAUUGUCGGAACGAAGUCCGCUACAUCUUCAGGCCCCGAACAGACCGCUACGCAAGAUAGCAAGACGGUUAUAGAUAUGGUGGACACUUCCAUUUAACGUUUGGAAGGGAAACACUCCUUAAAAAGGAGAUAGUGGAUAAAAUGGUCAUCUUCUCCAAAGAGAAAGAGUUGAAUGUUGAUGAAGAUGAUACUGAUAAACUCUUCGCACAAGAGAGAUAAGAUGUAUGUAGAACGGCUUCAGUAAAGAUUUCAGUGACACCACCAAAAUUCUUUUGGCAAAUAAUCAUUAGGCUGGACAAAUAAUAGUUAAACACCAUUGGACUCACCAAACCCAAUUUCAAUACAUGAAGGUCCAGCCCAAUAGAAAUAGAAACAUGACUUUGUCGGGAUAUUGCGAGUACGACGGAGAAAGCAUGGUGGAGGAAGGGAAGCUUCAGCGAGAAGACAGGGGAAGCAGGCGGUGGGGAUGGUGACGGAUCUGGCUGGUGAGGCGCAGUUCCGUUUGGAUGACAGGCGUCGACCCCAGAACGGGAUGGAUAUUCGUCGCGAGAUGGAUAGACGUAGCAGGAAAGCGACAUUGAUGAAGAACAGCGACUGUAACCGGCGAGAAACUCAACGGUUUAGGGAACCCCCCAGAAUAUGUUCGGUCUAGUAGUACUAGAUCCGUAAAGAGACAGACGAGAGCUUCGGCUCACAACAGCAAGCUUUCUCCGAAGAGAUACACUGGCGUGAGCAGAGAGGUUGACAAAGGUGGAGAACCAGAUCGGCG